UACAAUCACACAUGCAUUUAUGUCAUCAGUCUAGUCUUUGCGUAACAUAAAUUCGCUAAAGUAAGAAAACAAAAAAAAAAUGCUGCGAAGUUUAUUCAACGGAGUUGGCCGCUUCAAUGUGGUGCAACAUAUGCCAAGACUAUUGAGCCGAAAUUUAGCAUCAAAAAGUGGAAAUGACAAAAACGGUGACUCCGAAUCCGAUAUAGUUCAUUUGGAAGAUUCGGCCUUUAUAACAAUACCCGAGUAUCCAGUGAGACCCGAUGAGCCACUCGAGCAACGCAGAUCCCGUCUUCUAUACCAAAGUCGUAAACGAGGGAUGCUUGAGAAUGAUUUGUUGUUGAGUACAUUUGCAGCCAAAUAUUUGAAGAAAAUGAGCGCCGAACAAAUUGAAAUGUAUGACCAUCUGAUAAAUAAACCAUCCAACGAUUGGGAUAUCUACAACUGGGCGCUGGGCAGUAAACCAACACCGUCUGAAUAUGAAAACGAAAUAAUGGACAUGUUUCGUCAACAUGUCAAAAAUGAGCAUAAAGAAAAACGCAUACGAAUGCCAGAUCUAUAAAAAAAAAAAUUGGAUUUUUAUUUUCAAAAUUCGGUUGAAUUUAUAUCACAAAUGAAGUUCUCUAGUGCGUAGUGUGUCAUUAACAUCGUUCAAAUACUUUGUAUAAAUUUUGUAAAUUUGCCACCGGAAUUAUAGAUGUGUCCAAUUGUUCGGAUGGUAUUAAGUAGCUAAAAAAAAAAAACAAAAAAUAUUUCGUUAUGAUUCGUUCAAAAUUUACUAUAAAUUUAUACUACUAUACUAUAAAUUUAUAGUUUACCGUUUGAUGUGGUCAUAAUAAACAUGUUCACACAACCAUUUCCAUUCGGUGUCAUCAUUAUUGAAAGAUGAGCGUGCAUAGUACAUGGCUGUCUCACGAGAAAAUGUUGAAAAACAUUUCAGCUCUUUCGUCCACUCAACUUCAGUUACAAGUCGUAAAAUAUACAUAGGCAAAUGACAUAACAUCGGCAAAUGAUUUUCUGUAGACGAAAAAAUCAAUUUUCGAAAAUUAUUCACAAAAUAAAGCAAUUUUAAAAUUA